UGGCGUACUGUUGAUUAUUGGCUUAGUCGUGCUGCUUUAAAUCUUCGCCUCGUCGAGUGUGUUGAUCUAGUGGGGCGAACAAGCGAGUUUGCUAGAAUAUUCGGAAUCGAAUUUUACCAUGUCCUCUCUAGGGGAAGUCAGUAUCGUGUGGAAUCUCUGCUGUUACGUUCUGCCCAUCGAGCCAACUUCCUGCUGGUCAGCCCCUCUGUUCGUCAGCGAGCCAGCCAACUGCCCCCAGAAACAAUCCCAUUAAUCCUUGAGCCUAUGAGUGGUCUCUAUACGGAUGGGCCUAUCUUAGUGCUUGAUUUUCAGUCUCUAUAUCCUUCGAUUGCAAUCGCGUACAACUACUGCUAUUCCACCUCGCUUGGCAGACUUAGUUGCAUUUCAAAGGGGUUAGAUAUGCAUCUCUUUGUAUCUCUUUGGCCCUCUUAA